UACUUGCCCUACAGCAGUUCAUGUUCAUCGAUUUCUUUCAGAUUUCAUCAGAUUCACGCUAUUUGAUUAUAAAACAAAGUAAAUACUAUCAGUUAAUAUAUACACAAUGAACAGCAUCGGAGAAGAGUGCACUGAGCUUAAGAAGAAAUAUGACGAUUGUUUUAAUUCUUGGUUUUCGGACAGAUUUCUGAAGGGCGACCACGAUGAUUCAAUGUGCGCUGGAAUAUUCAAGAUUUAUCAAGAAUGUGUUAAGAACGCUAUGAAAGCGCACAACAUCGAUUUUAAAGAAAUUGAUAAAGAUGUCCUAGGCACAGAGUUCGAGUUCAAAGCACCGCCACCAGGCAGCAGUUGACAGAUGUAUCGUUGCAUCUGUGCUUUGAGUUCCAUGACAUGUUGGAAACCACAAAAGCCACAACAACAGUUGGAGUACAAUGUGAAUAACAAUACGUCACUAGUUUGAGAACUAUGUUUUGUUGUUUCUGGUCGUAAAGUUUAACUACAUUAGUUACAGUAAUAUAAAAGAAAUAUGUAUGUAAAUUGAAAAUCCAUAUUUAGUUCUUGUUUGAGUGCCAUUAAUAGGUGUGCUUAGAGCAGCGGUAGGCAAUGAGCGGCCCGCGAGCCUCCCUGGCUAUUUUGUAUGUAAUAUUGACAAACGACAAUGUCUAGUCACAAAUAUUACCAAAGUGCGGCCCGCAUCAAGUUUGUUAACUACUAUGUGGCCCUUGGCUGCUAAAAGGUUGCCAACCGCUGACUUAGAGCAUCCACCUUCUUUUAAUACUGUUUAAAAUGCUUAUUAAUUGCAUUUUGUGGCAUAUCCUGUUUAAGCACAUAAUUGUUACAAUGGAUGUUUAUGUAAAUAGACAAUAGAUACUACAAAUUUUGUUUAA